CCCACAUGCCCGGCACACAGUGACCAGGGCUUGGGAGCCAUGGAGAGCUUCACAGAGUCGCUGAACAGGCUGAAGGACGUCCAUGAGAAGGAGGUCCUGGGACUGCAGAGCAAGCUUCUGGAGCUGAAUGCGGAGCGUUGCCGGGAUGCACAGCGGGUGGAGGAGCUUUUCACCAAGAACCACCAGCUCAGGGAGCAGCAGAAGGCGCUGAAGGAGAACCUGCGGGUACUGGAGAACAGGCUGCGGGCUGGCCUGUGCGACCGCUGCGUGGUCACCCAGGAGCUGGCUAGGAAGAAGCAGCUGGAAUUCGAGAGCUCACACCUACAGAGCUUGCAGCGCAUCUGUGUCCUCACCAAGGAGGUGAGCGGGCUGAAGGAGGAGAACAAGAUGCUGAAGGAGGAGGUGAAGCGGCUUCAGGGCCUGCAAGACAGGCCCAUGCCCCUUGCCAAGGAGGACACCUCGGACCCCCCGUCACCCCUGCUGUUCCCCUCCCCCAGUGGCUGGAAGGCUGUCACUGAGAAGCCUCCUGGAGGCCAUGAGGAGGCUGAGGACCAGCUGGGUCCACGGGGAGAAGAAAAGUUGGUGGGCUACAGGACAUCUCCAGUAGCCAGAAGCUCCCCGGGGGCCAACCUGUCCGAGCCGCGGGCCCCAGACAUGAGCCCCCAGUGCAUCGCCAAUCAGCUGCAUGCAACAGUUGCUGUGGUGCGCCCUGGGUCCCAGACCUGCCCAGCCGAGCGGGGCGCUGCCAAUGGAACACCCCCACUGCUGUCCGCCAGGAGCAACCCACCCAGUCCAACGUACAGGCACAGCCUCCCCCUGGACAGCUUCCUGCGGGCCUCCCAGUCCUCUGCCUUGACCUACGAGUCCCUGCAGUGCUCCCUUCAGGCUGACCGCCUCUGCCUUCUGAACCGCCACUUGCCCCUGCCCCUGCGGACCCCCCAUAGCAGCGCCCAGCCCCAGAGCCUGAAAGCCAGGGAGGCAGAGGCCUGGGAAGAGCCUGUGGGCCUGCUGGGCCUGCCUGGCACUCUGGUGGGCAUGCAGGACCCAAGGCUGGAGGGCGCACUGCACCUACUCCUGGCUCAGCAGCUGCGGGCACAGCGGGCGGCCAGCGCCAGGCUGCGGGGCCCGGCCACACCAGAGGAGACACCUCCCUCCCCGCCAGUUGGCUUGGACUCUGAGAUCCCUGAGAGUGAGGUGCCCGGAGCAGCUCUGGCCCCAGCAGACCUGCCUGGCAGGUGGCAAGCGGAGCCCACAGGCCCAGUCAGCCCUCGGAGCAAGGAGGUCACAGCCACUCAGGACUAUGCCCCAGACAAGCCCUUGGACCUCUCAGACCGGGGUCGGGAACGAGACGCCCCCAAGUCUACUGGUCAACCUGGGCCAUUCAGCCCUGCAGUUGCCCACACUCCCAGUCCAGAGCCACCCACCCUGUCUGGACCCUUGAUCUGCAGCCCCCAGGCACUCAGCAAUGGCACCAAGGAGACCAGAGCACCAGAGCCCAAAGAGUCCCCUACUCCCAUGGACCCUGCACACCCUCCCCCAGGGCCCCACCCCAGCCUGCCCUCUCCUGGCAGGACAGGAGGUGAGGCCACAGGAAGGUCACGGCCAGCACCCCACCCACAGAGGCCUGAUACCGACGAAGCCCCAGAGCUCAGCAAGGCCACCGCACAGAGGCCACAGUCAGAUGAACGGGACGAGCCAGACACCUCAGACAAUGAGGGCCUGAGCUCCAAGGCCAGUGCUGGGCAGUGCCUGCAGGGUCUGCAGCAGAAGAGGAAGCGGGCCUCGGACCUGGAGGGCCAAGCCUCCAAGAAGCCAUCCCGAGGGAGAAGGAAGCCAAAGGAGUCCCUGACCACAGCUGAGGGUCCCAGGAGCCCAAGGGACACCAAGGGCUGCAGUCCCUCACACAGCAACAGUGGCCUGGAGGAGACCUAGCCAGGCCAGGCCAAGGGGUACCACACUUGCCCAGAAGCAACUCUCCACCUGACCAGCCUGGACAGGCCACCCCACCAACCAGCAGAUGGCCUGGCAAGUGGCCCUUCCAGACAGGGCCAUCGAGAUGGAGACAUGGCCUCUGGCUGGUGUUCUACCCUGCUGUUCUCCCAUCUCUGCAAGCCCUGCUACCUGUCCCACAUGUUCAGCUGGGCACCUGCUCUCUCUGGGCAGCAGAACAGAGAGGCGGGGGCAGGGGCUGCUGGGGCCCCAGCCCAGCCCCACCCCCACUCUUUUGGGCAGCACCUUCACCUCCAGAUGCCACAAACCACUCCAGGCCCUGGAGACCCUGCCUGCGGACCCCGCCCAGCCCAUGCCACCAGGUGUGAGCUCCGGGCUUGGUCUCAGGCGCCUCCUAGUGGAGUCCAGCAACGUGGACAGACGGAAGCCCAUGUCUGGUAGAGCCCUCCCAGACAGGGUCCCAGAGCCUAGAGAAUAAACAUGCGAAAGAGGUGGGCCAUCCAGCCUCACCCACCUAGGCAGGUGACCCAAGAGAGGCUGGACUGCACUGGGAUGGACGAGCCGAACUGAGACAGCCCUCUCGCCGUUGAAGGGACCAGGUGCCCUCUGGGAAGGGCUGGAAACGAGAGCAGGGCACCCACCUGGGCAGAGCCCCUUCCUCGCUGGCACACUCUGAGCCCCUGGCCCCACUCCUGCUGCCAGUACACCCACAGAGCAGCACCCAGGACGGUUUUCCUACUUUUGCCUCUGCCUCUGGCUCCUCCAGGGGAGCCUGAGACUCAGACUCCUGGGCCCUGCUCCACCAAACCAGGACCUGAGAGCGCUUUAAGCAACUCCCAGGCGUCUAUGCACAGCUCCCCUGCACAGAAAGAGGGGCAGAGACAGAGGCCCCCAGAUCUCAGCUGGACUUCAGGGAGCCUCAGUUGGGCAACUGGACCAAGGCACAGGGUCAGGGCUCAGUGUGGGGAGAGAUGAGGGAGAAGCCAUCCCUGCGAAGGCCAAGGAAGAGGGCAUCUGAAACCCAGAUUUGGGUUUUGAGGGAUGAGCAGGAGUGUGAUGAGCAGACACAGGGCUCAUGUGUUGUGGAAAGUUUACAAAAAUCAGAACUCUAGGGAAGCAGACCAGAGGUCACGCAGGAGAAACAGGAGGGGGAUAUGGAGCGAUGUUGAGGUGCACAUUCAGGGGGAGUCAGGCAGAGGGAACAACUAGAAAUCACCCGAGGGCUGAUCUGCAGCCAGGACACUCCCUACCAUGCCCUCACAUAAUGCCUGCUAAGAAAACUCUGACCAUAACUGAGUAAGGAGGACCCACUCUGGCCAGGACGAGGCAGGGGUGGCCACAGCAUCAAGGGUGUUAUGGAUGCCCAUAGCUGGGAGUCUGAAACUCAUGCCUAUAGGGAUGGUGGGACACGGGUAAUGACCAAAGAGGUAAGGCUUGGGCCUCACUAACAGGCUUCACACCUUGCUGACUGCGGCCUGUCUGCCUACUGACCUGAGAGGCCAGAGGGACUGAGACCCAGAAGGGAAGUCCAGGUGUGUGUGUGUGUGCACACGCGUGAGAGAGACAGAGAGGGAGAGGGAAGGAGAGGGUAGAAGUCCUUCAGUUCUUAAUCCAAAAUGGAAUAAAGCGCCAGCUGUGUCCUCCAACCACUCUGCUGGCCAGCUUCAGCCUCUGGCCACCACCUGUACUCUCUGACUACCACUGGAUGGGGAGCACA